AAUUCUUAUAUUUCAAACUCUAGCUCUAUAAAGUUUAAGACACUUGGUCUUAGUAUGAUUUAUGAUUCAGAAUCACUUGGGCUGCUUGUGAAAAAUGCUGGGGUGAUCCUGACCCGGGGUUUGUGGACCACACAUUAUGCCACACAAACUGGCGUAAUGGGUCAGAAGCACCUGGGUGAUGCCAAAAGAUCGCGGAACAACUUGAUAGUAACUCCUGUUUCCAAAAUGUUUUGGAGAUGCAAGCUGAUGUUUAUCAGAUUGGGAGCUGCUCUGAUGUGGGAGACUUCUCUGGCCAAAAGGAUCAUGGUUGGUGGUCCAGAGACAUGUCUUCUCUCUGAUCUGUGCAAUCCUUGGCCCAUUUGGCUGCAUUUUCUCUAAAGGACUUAUUCCCUCAACAAGACUAAACUCAACAUCAUGAACUUCAGGGCGACAGCUGAGUCUCACUUCAGAAACUCCUGGGCCCAUUAAGCUGAGCUAGUGGCUGAAGUUUCAUACCAGAAGAGUCCAUUGCUAAGGUCCAGGCCAAGCAAGCAACUCCCCUUCCUUCAUAUGUUUGGUCACCAUUAUAGCUGAGAUUACCUUGUAACUUCCUUUGGAAGAGGUACAGAAAGAGGUGCCAUACUUUACCAUCAGUCUGUAAUAAAUGAGAAAAUGUCCUCGAUGGCUUCAUACCUUAAGAGGCUUGUCUGGGUUUCCAUGCUUUUAGGUCCUGGCAGGUGUGAGUUGGCUUGUGACUAAAGUACAUAUUGGCCCCCGGGAUCAGGUGAUCUGGUUUGCUCUUGCUGAGCCUACCCACAUUUAGGCUCACCUUUCCAGAUCAAGCCAGCCCAGCUGGGUUUCAUGUCUGCCAGGUGUGGCUGAAGCCAACAGUACAUCUUUUCAUUUUAUUAAAGUGAAAAAUGGAUGAUACAAUGGGACAUUGAAGGAAGCCAAUGCCUAAUUACUCGCAAAUCACACACCCAAACUAGGAAAAAGAUGAGAAGAGAUGAUAUUUGCAUAUUUCCUUUCAGUGCAUUUAGAGCCAUCAUCACUUGAAUGUAUUAAGUAUUCUGUUCAGAAAUGAAAUUAUUUAGUUAUGGGCAAUAGCAACACCCAGAUUAAAGCUGAAACCAUCCAGGUGUGAACUAUUAAGUCAUAGAGAAAAGAAAAAGCAAUUGUUGUGAUUUUUUUUUUUUAUAUUCAUAGUGGGGUUUUUCUUACCUGGCAUCUCUUCUCCUUUCCCUGAUGACCAUCAAGCACUUGUGCAGAUCUUCAGCAAAAACCAGCUCACCCCAGAAGCCACCUGGCCAUAAAUCCUGCCAACAAUGGAUUGGCCUGUAGGCCACCUGGUACAUAUCAUGUAAAUAGUUUCCUUGACCCCAUAGAAUGUUCUGAAGCCUGACAGAGAUGCUACCUCUGUUGCUGUGAGCUGCCUCAGAGCUUGCCUGGUUUUAGGGCUUAGGUCAUAGAAACUUUAGAUGGAGGCUAAAAACAAUGCUGUUUAUUAUGGAUUAAGCAGAUGUUUUAGAUCUACCGUUCACAAGUGUACACUCUGGUUGUUUGGAGAAUAACACUCUGGUUGACAACUUGAAUAACUCCAAGUUGUCUUAUUUUCUAUUUAUCCUAGGUAGAAAUUAGUGAAAGAGACAAAAAGUAGAGAGGAUACAGGCUAGAGUCACCAGGGAAGGGAUUAAGGAGCAAGCAGGCCAACAUCACACAGCUGGGAUGAGGCAGCCUAGUUCCAGUGUCCCUACACUUGACCAUGGCUUAGGGUAUGGCUGAAUCAGAGGCACAGAGGUAGGAGUGCAUCUGCUUGCAAGAAACGCAGUUUGGCCAGAGUGGAAGGUCCCUGCCAGGUUCGAAGCAAGGGUUGGAUCCAUAGGUGGGGCUAGAUUAAGGAGAGCUUUGAGAGAUUGACAAUAGGGAGUUAUUGAAGCUUCUUGAGCUUGGAUAGUGACACCAGCAAGAAAGUUUUGAGAAAUGCAUCAUUAAGGAGUAGCUUGAGGGAGAGAGAGGCAAAAAUGGGAAAAAUUAGGAAGGAGGGGAAUGAGGGCAUAUGAUGAGUUUUACAUAUGUUUUAUUGGAGGUGGUAGCAGGCCAUCCAGUGAAAUGUGGACCAGGCAGCUGGAAAUAUGGGAUUGGAGCUGAUCACUGGAGAUUCCAUCGUUAGUGCUGAGGCAGUAUGGGAUCACGUCACCAUGGCCAACCGGGAGUUGGCAUUUAAGGCUGGCGACGUCAUCAAAGUCUUGGAUGCUUCCAACAAGGAUUGGUGGUGGGGCCAGAUCGACGAUGAGGAGGGAUGGUUUCCUGCCAGCUUUGUGAGGCUCUGGGUGAACCAGGAGGAUGGGGUGGAGGAAGGGCCCAGUGAUGUGCAGAAUGGGCACCUGGACCCCAAAUCAGACUGCCUCUGUCUGGGCCGACCACUACAGAACCGGGACCAGAUGCGGGCCAAUGUUAUCAAUGAGAUCAUGAGCACCGAACGUCAUUACAUCAAGCACCUCAAGGACAUUUGUGAGGGCUACCUGAAGCAAUGCCGGAAGAGAAGGGACAUGUUCAGCGAUGAGCAACUGAAGGUGAUCUUUGGGAACAUUGAAGACAUCUACAGGUUUCAGAUGGGCUUCGUGAGAGACCUGGAGAAACAGUACAACAAUGAUGACCCCCACCUCAGUGAGAUAGGACCCUGCUUUCUGGAGCACCAAGAUGGAUUCUGGAUAUACUCUGAAUACUGUAACAACCACCUGGACGCCUGCAUGGAGCUCUCCAAACUGAUGAAGGACAGCCGCUACCAGCACUUCUUUGAGGCCUGUCGCCUCUUGCAGCAGAUGAUCGAUAUUGCUAUUGAUGGUUUCCUUUUGACUCCAGUGCAGAAGAUCUGCAAGUAUCCCUUACAGUUGGCUGAGCUCCUCAAGUAUACCGCCCAGGACCAUAGUGACUACAGGUAUGUGGCAGCUGCCCUGGCUGUCAUGAGAAAUGUGACUCAGCAAAUCAAUGAGCGCAAGCGGCGUUUGGAGAAUAUCGACAAGAUUGCCCAGUGGCAGGCCUCUGUCCUAGACUGGGAGGGUGAAGACAUCCUAGACAGGAGCUCGGAGCUGAUCUACACUGGGGAGAUGGCCUGGAUCUACCAGCCCUACGGCCGCAACCAGCAACGAGUCUUCUUCCUGUUUGACCACCAGAUGGUCCUCUGCAAGAAGGACCUGAUCCGGAGAGACAUCCUGUACUACAAAGGCCGCAUUGACAUGGAUAAAUACGAGGUAGUCGACAUUGAAGAUGGCAGAGAUGAUGACUUCAAUAUCAGUAUGAAGAAUGCCUUCAAGCUUCACAACAAGGAGACUGAGGAGAUACAUCUAUUCUUUGCCAAGAAGCUAGAGGAAAAGAUACGCUGGCUCAGGGCUUUUAGAGAAGAGAGGAAAAUGGUACAGGAAGAUGAAAAAAUUGGCUUUGAAAUUUCCGAAAACCAGAAGAGGCAGGCUGCAAUGACUGUGAGAAAAGUCCCUAAACAAAAAGGUGUCAACUCUGCCCGCUCAGUUCCUCCUUCCUACCAACCACCGCAGGACCCGUUAAACCAAGGCCAGUACCUGGUCCCUGAUGGCAUCGCUCAGUCGCAAGUCUUUGAGUUCACCGAACCCAAGCGCAGCCAGUCACCAUUCUGGCAAAACUUCAGCAGGUUAACCCCCUUCAAAAAAUAAUACCUACAGGGAGGCAGAUAAUUUUAAAAUAAAGUAAAUAAAAUUAUAUUUAUAGAUGGACCUUUUUUCGGAGAAGCACUGUUGAAAUUUAUAUAUAUAUCUACAUACAUGUGUAUGUAUGUAUAUAUGUAUGUAGAUAUAUAUACACACAUACACACACACAGACCCUUGAGUGUGUACACACACACACAAACGCACACACACGCACACACACACAAGGACCAAAAACGUUGUCUGUUGUUUUGGGGAAGUGAAAUCCGUAGUUGGUAGGAAGAGGUACCAAUGACUUCCAAACAUGUGACCCCUUCUUAAAAGUUUUCCAUUCUUACCUUAUCUCCCACCCCUUUACUUUGAGAAAUUGACAUUUCUAUUUGUUCCUUUUCUUGUUGAGAUAAUCUCUUUGCUCCCCUGUGAGUGAUUCAUUGACUUGUCAUUAUUACCAUAGAUGUGUUUGUAUUGGUUUUUUCUUUCCUGAUGAUACUGAUCUUGGUGACUUUUGAAUUUAAUUUGAUGUGGUGGAGUUUGGGAGUUUGGAAUUUUUUUUCUUUUUACUUUUCUCUGGGUAAAGGGAGAAUCCCCUUUCUCCUCUUCCUCAGCUGACCAUCUGCGAAUGUUUUUGCAGCCCUGCAGUUGCCCCAAACAGCCUUUUUCCUGCAUCUUCUGUCCUCAGUCGUGCCAGUCUGGAGAUGAUCUUUUGUGCCCUGUGACAUAACUGCUCGAUAUUUCUAUUGCUUUCACUGUAUUUUAGGUGUUGUAGAGGGAUCAGAAGCAAACAGAAACAAGGGAGUGUCUGAGUAUAAUGAUGCUGGAGAGGACUUCUGUUCAGGGAACAUUCUGCAUUUGGGCUGUUUUUUUUUUUCCCUAGCACUGGGGGUUCCCAUGUUGCUGCACUGCUGGGUCAUGAGAAUUUUGUAUCUGGGGUUUAGUUUGGGCCAAUUAUUCUCUUCUUCAAGCUGCUUUGGUUAUGGUGUUCCUUCUAGGCCUGUCCCUCCCCUAACCUAAAAGAUCUGAACUAGAAGCAAAGAGGCUGAGACUCUGCCUCUUGGGGGAGAGAUUCGACUGCCUCUAGCACCAAGUAGGUUUAAGGCAGGGCUCCCCACCGCAGUCGGUUCAGGGACCUGGCCGUUCCUGCUUCCAUUUGCAGAUUGUUUAGGAAGCAUUUAUAGGAAUCUAUGGAGGGGUCAAGACAGAGCCCAUCUGACCAAGAUCAUCAGCUGCCUUCAAAUUAUUGACCUGGACAGGAUUCAAGGCUGAUAGUAACCUCUUAUAGUAAGAACAGGGAUGGGCAUGGAAGAGACAGCCUUGGCCCAAGAUAUGUACCUGUGGUUCCUACCACUCAAGUUAUGUGAGACUUCCCCCAUUGUUAGCAAAUUGCAUGGACAGUAUUCCAUGGCUUCUUCCUUCCCCUCUCCCUGUCUUCCUUCUUUCUCCUGUUCUCCUGGCACAGGAGAAUUGUUGGUAUUGGCAUAGUUAAAGCACUCAAAGAAGGCCAUGUUUCCAACAUUAUCCCAUCCCAGGACAUUUGAAGCAAGUAAAUGAGAAGCCCUUUUCCCUGUGGAUAAAGGGUCUGAGGCAAAGAUGCUACCCUCUGGCUCAUUUUUGGCAGGCUUUACACUUGGGAAAAACUAACCUCUCCCACAAAGAGGCAGGCUCCCUAUGGGUGCAGGAGUACCUGUUCCUCCUCCCCACAUGGCUCCUUGGGUUGAUAGACCUUGAAGAGCGAGGAGAGUGGAGUACAAAGGAGUGAGGAUGGGCCCUGCUAUGGAGAGCCACUCUAACAAAGAAUCUGGAGAUUGAGUCUGUCCUGGACCCCAUGGGAGAAGACUUCAUCAUGAAAGGACUUCAGCUUACUGAGCAGCAGCCAUGGCUGCAUGGGGCCCUCAGCAUAGCUGGCUUGAUUGCUGCUCUAUGCCUCCUUCUUAAAUCAGGCCUUGCCUAGCCUGGUAAUUUUUCCUCUGUAGGAAUCAAAUUACAAACUGUUUAAGAUUCCAUUCCACUACAGCCAAAUCAGACUUGUGGAGUAAGCCAAGGAUAAACCUGAGCUGAGCAGAGGGCUGGGGCUCGGGACUGGCCACCACUGCUCAGCACAUAUCCUAGCUACUUAAGUCCCCUUCACAAGGAACCUGGUACCCAGUGCCUAAGCUAAAAUGGCCUUGGCAAAGAAAAUGUGUUUCAGUGGCUGUGUACGCCUCCCUUGAGUAUACAUUCUUUUCCUACUUUCCAUUCUUCCCCACUAGGCUUGGCCUUGAUAUGUUUCUCCAGGGGCUGAGGGCACAAGAAGAGGGGAUGCCUGGACAAGUCCCUGGACCUACAACAUCUCUUGGCCAAGUUCCCUUGUCCCACCUGUUCCUCUGGGCCUUUUCCCAGAGCUCCAGGAUCAGGGAUAGCACCUCUCGCCACCCACUUCUCAUCCACCCAACCCACUGGCCUCGUCAGAUACCAAUAACUUGUAAAAACAACAAGAAGUCAGGUUUCCAUUAGUUGGAGUGUUCCCCCAGCCUAUGGCAGCAAAGCAGACCAGUGACCAACAGCCCCAAGGCGAAUCCCAUUACCUGGGCUCAGAGUCUAAGCCUAUUCUGUGUCCCCACAGCAGUGCUAUCCCCAAGAACUCUGUAAAUCUCUGUUUCUGCAUGGCCUGAGCUCCCCUUUCAUCAACUCAAUGAGGCCUGCAUUUGCUCACCAAAAGGCUUUGCUAGUGUGUUCUUUGGGCCCUGCUGUGGGAUGGUCCUAACACAGAAAUCCAACUCCUCUUUCUCUCUCCCUCUCUCCCCUUCUCUCUAUAUAUGUAUAUCUCUACUGGAUUUAUAAGGGCAGCAACAAGAGAGUUGUAACAAUUCUAGUGUGAAGCCAAAUAGUGAUCUUUUAGUGCUUUGGGGAUGGGGUGGGCUGGGGUAGAUGGAAGGACAGCAGUGAUUUUGAUUACCCCUACUGCUCUGCAUUUGCCAGUUUAUUAUUUCAUUUCUUCUAUCUGACUGUUUGACCCUGUCAAACAAGUGUCAAAGUUGUGUGUUUAAAAAGAUGUUUAACGACAAAAAUAUGAUGUUGUAAUGACAGAAAGCCUUAUGAAAAUAUUUAUGGAAUUCAAUAAAAGAAGUAAAAAGACCCCUGUA